GUUUGGCGAGAGAGGGAGGGGCUGGCUCACUGCAACUGGACGGGAAGUGAUGUUACAUUGAUUGUGAAGAGGGUUAAUGCAACAAAUGGAUCGAAAGGAUUUUGUAAACCCAAAUUAUUGAGUUUUUUGUUGUUGUUGUUGUUGUUAAUCAACCAAUUAUCAUCGCUUUUGAGAGGGCGCUUCUACACGAAACACCAAUAAGAAAGUGACGCACAUACACUGGUGUUGUCUGGUUUUUCAGGUCUGAAAUAAGCACUCACUAUGUCUGAUGGGGACUAUGAUUACCUCAUCAAAUUCCUAGCCCUUGGUGAUUCUGGAGUGGGGAAAACCAGCUUUCUGUACCAGUACACAGACAAAAAGUUUAACUCCAAAUUCAUCACUACAGUGGGCAUUGAUUUCAGAGAAAAACGAGUGGUAUACAAAUCAAAUGGUCCAGAAGGGGCAGCAGGCAGAGGACAGAGGAUUCAUGUUCAGCUGUGGGACACGGCAGGGCAGGAGAGGUUUCGGAGUUUGACAACAGCUUUCUUCCGAGAUGCGAUGGGCUUCCUCCUCCUCUUUGACCUCACCAAUGAGCAGAGUUUCCUUAAUGUCAGAAAUUGGAUGAGUCAAUUACAGAUGCAUGCUUACUGUGAGAAUCCAGAUGUUGUUCUCUGUGGCAACAAGUGUGACCUGCAGGAGCAGAGGGCAGUCCGUGAAGAUGAGGCCCGUGAGUUGGCAGAGAAGUAUGGAAUCCCUUACUUUGAGACAAGUGCAGCUAACGGGCAGUUUGUUAGCCAGGCUGUGGAUGUCCUGCUGGACCUCAUCAUGAAGAGAAUGGAGCGCUGUGUGGACAAGUCCUGGAUCCCUGAUGGAACCGUGCGAUCCAACGGACACAGUGGUCACACAGACAUCACAGAGCCCAAGACCCAGGAGAAGGGCAAAUGUGCUUGUUAGGGUCCACAUACAGAUAGUGGUUACACCUUCAGUUCCCUUCAGUGAUGUUUUGGUAGGACUGGGCUGUAUGGCAUGUGAUGAAAGGCAUGUAACAUUUAUGAUGUGCAAAGCUGAAAGUAAUCACUAACCCCUGCCAAAUGUACAAGAGCAUUAUUAUGUUUUGUUAAUUUGAUUAUGCCAUUUGGAGUGGUGCCUCUCCAUUCACUUGUCAAUUAAGUGCCUUUUAUGUUUUCAUUUCAGAUAAUAUUAUAUGCAUUUUACAUUGUGAAACAUAAAAGUGUAAUUGUAACUACUUUCUAAGAUCCAGUAGAAUUGUGAGAAGCCACUGAAAGUUGUAUUAGUUGAGAACACUUCCCUGUGUAUUAAAGGGAACCCACCCUUAUUACAUUUAACUUUUUGACACAUGAUAUUUUUGUGACAAUGCACUUCCAUUUAGUCUUGUACAAUGUAAAAGUCCUGAGCACAUGCAAUCUGUAGUGAAUAGAGUGAUUUAUUGUAUAGGUCUGCUCUGUAGUAUCUGAGUAGCAGAGUCAUUUGGGGUCUUUCUUUUUAUCACGAUGUCGGGAUCUUGGGUCUAUCAGAAAUGUUUGAGGUUCCACGUAAAUCAAUGCUAAUUUUGUUACACAAUGUGCAUUAAAUCUGCUGUAUUCUGUCAAACACUUUUGUCAAAUAUGUUAACCUUAUCCUUUAUUCCAGAAAAUAAAUAUAUUUUAUUAUUUAUUAAA